AUGAGCGAUCCUCAGCCCUUACAGGAGGAAAGAUAUGAUAUGUCGGGUGCCCGUCUAGCCCUGACACUAUGUGUCACCAAAGCCCGGGAGGGUUCCAAGGAAGAUAUGGAUGCCUUGGAACGCAUGUUCCGGUACCUAAAAUUUGAAAGCACCAUGAAGUCAGAUCCCACUGCUCAGCAAUUCCUGGAAGAGUUGGACAAUUUUCAGCAGAUCAUAGAUAAUUGGGAAGAGCCCGUCAGCUGUGCUUUCGUGGUGCUUAUGGCACAUGGAGAGGAAGGCCUCCUAGAGGGAGAAGAUAAGAAGAUGGUGAGACUGGAAGACCUUUUUGAGGUCUUGAACAACAAGAACUGCAAGGCCCUGAGAGGCAAGCCCAAAGUGUACAUCAUUCAGGCCUGCAGAGGAGAGCACAGAGACCUUGGUGAAGAAAUGGAAGGAGAUCAGGUUGCUGUGAUCAUGAAGAACAAACCUCAAACCAUCCCGACCUAUACGGAUGCCCUCCACAUCUUCUCCACGGUAGAGGGGUACCUCUCCUAUAGACAUGAACAGAAAGGCUCUGGCUUCAUCCAGACCCUGACAGAUGUGUUUAUAAACAAAAAAGGAUCCAUCAUAAAGCUUCUGGAAGAGAUAACCCGACGGAUGGCAGACACUGAGGUGAUUCAGGAGGGGAAACCGAGGAAAGUGAACCCUGAAUUCCAAAGCACCCUCCGGAAGAGUCUGUAUCUGCAAUAA